AUGCAAGUCGGCAAAGCCCGAGCGCAUUAUCAGGGCCUAACUUCUUUCUGGGCUGGUAUCAUGACAGAGGCUCUUUCUACAAUGCUUGACUCUGCGCAAUCAGGGAGAUUAGAAGUUGAACGCCGAAAUAAGGAGGAUGUCUUGAUUCGUAUUCUGCCAACACUUAGCACCGGUCUGUCAUUAAAAAAAUCUCCGGAGCUCGUCAUUGCUUGCUACAUGCUGUGUGUUGUCUUGGCCAACAAGGGGUCUCUCAGUGACGAUGCUGUCGAUAGCUUGAUGGAGGCUGUAGCUGGAUCUUGGACCCGAGAUACUAUUGCCUCAGGAAUCACAUGCCUUGCAGUGGUUUUUCAACACAAGGAACAACUAUGGCUUCCGAAGCCUGUUAUCAAGUCAAUUCUUCGCCUGGAAGAUGUGGCUGAUGUCUUUGCAGGUCUUUCGUCUAAUUCAAUAGUCCGCCUGCUUUCUGGCUUGAUGAAUGUUCUUAUGGAGAACGAUAAUGAGGAAGUUGCAGCUAAUUGCGUAUCUCUUGUUGGUCAGGUACUCCAGAGUGAUAUAAUGGGCGCGGAGGACAAAACACAGACCAUAAUAGCGCUCCUGAAGACAAUUGAUGAAUCUCAUCGUAAAGGUUAUAUGUCUGAGGAAGUACGCCAGCUGUCUUCAGAUACGCUUGCAGCCUUCGUGGAAUCUAAGGAACUUGAUAUUGUGCUUCAGAGAGCAAUCUCCGAAUCCAACGUCGAUAUCAAAGCUUUAGAAAUAACCCUUCAGCUCGCCAUUGAUAACAACUUGGAACCCGCGGAAACAGAAGACGUUGAAAUGGAGGACCUACCUGAAAACAGCACUCAAGAUGAGGAUUUUGCAGCCGCAAUUGCAUGUCUUUCCCAACGACGAAGUCAACAACCAGAAAACUUCCUUGUCGAGUUUCCUUCACCUCUAUUUAGCGAACUGGUUGUUUGUUUCACUCAAGCAGCAACAUCCGCGAACAAGCUGGGUCAAUUCCUCGGUUUACCAAUCCUUCGCAGAAAUACCAGAUUCAAGGACUUGACUUACUUCUCUUUCCUCGUGCGAUAUUUUGCCGGCCCUCAUCCACCUCUAGCGCGUACCAAGGCCAUCAAUAUCGCUACAACAUCUAUUCUUGAAUCAAAUGGCAAAGCAACUGAUUUGCAAGCGUUAAUUCCAUAUGCUAUAUCCGCUCUAUCCGAUCCUUCAAUUCCCGUUAGAAGAGAGGCGGCUGCGCUCCUGACAUCCAUCGACAACCAAUAUUUCAUCCCUGACAUGGAGGAAGCACCCUGGGGCCAGGGUAUUAUAUAUGGUGACAAUGAACAGUCAAAGGCUGUCCAGUGGUUGCCUGGGAAGGACAUCCAUACCUUGUUUGACAAAGGGUUUAUGCCUGGCUUAGAGGAGUGCAUCCUUGAUCCCUCACGAGUCUUUGAAACAUUUGUGCAGACUGUCAAAGGAACUUCGGAGGAUAGUUCAGGGCUGAGAAAAUCAGUUCGCCGAGAUUUCUUCUCCUUCAUCUGCUCACAUAUCAUCAAUACACCUCUAUUUGCUACAAAACUCAAGCUCCUGUCCAUCGUCAACCGAAUCAGCAAAAUUGGGUCAACUCCUCGUACUCAAUUCUUGUCUCCCAUGCUCGAGCAAUGCAGAACAAUUGAUUCCGAGAAGGUAAAGCGCAUGAGUACGCAAGAGCAUGUUUCAAUUCAGGAAUUGGAGCAUCAAGUCCUAUCUAUUAUCUAUCCAAAAGAUACGACUGCCAUCUCCACCCUUCUCUCACUAUUGAAGAACAGCCCUCAAUCCACAAGGGCUUCAUUCAUCGGGGCUGUUUUUGAACGCAUGAAAGAUACCUGGCCAUUCUUAGAUGAGGAGAAAGAGCUAUUCGCAUCAGAGACUUUGCUCGAUAUGUGUCUCUCGACUAACCCCCAAACUGAAGAUCUGGCGAAUUCUAGUAAAGAACUUCUUCGAUCUGUAGACAUAUCAGGUCCGGUUAUCUCCAAAUUCCUCGGCACAGUAACCUCGGCCUCUUUCAAUAUUGAUUCUCAGUCACCUGCACCGAAGAGACGGAGAAUGAGCCAGAGCAACACGGCUGUCAUAAGCCCUGCCAGUCGGGAAGGAGCCAAUAUCCCUCUUCGGAGAAUUUCGUUUAUUCUUGAGUUAAUUGAUGCUUCUCAACCCGAAAGAUUCCCCGAGCUGCUUGGUGGCCUAUUUCAAACUCUUGCCAUUGUUCACAAGUUGAAGCUCCAAGUUCGCUCAGAAAUGAGCUACCUUCUCAGCCUCAACCUUGGUAUCCUGCUAUCUAUUGUCAAUAAAUACAAGGGCUCACCAAAGAAACUUGAUUCUUCUGUUAUCAGAGCCGACCUUAUUAUCGACUGUGUUCGAACAUCUGAGAGUCAGCAGGUUCAGAACACUGCUCUCCUGCUUGUUGCAGCCCUGGCGACAGUAGCUCCUGAAAUUGUUCUACACAGUGUUAUGCCCAUCUUUACCUUCAUGGGUACGAGCGUCCUCCGAAAAGACGACGAAUAUUCAGCCCUUGUUAUUGACCAGGUAAGCAUCUGUUGA